AUGUACAACACUGCCCGAGCCAUGAAGCCAAAGCUGUCCUUGAGCAUCUCUGCUGCGCAGAAUGUUACUCGGCCCUCACUGUCGCUCAAGUCCCCCAGUGCUCUGCCUCGCACUCCCAUCUCGCCCAUUUCCGCCGCGAGCCCAACAACCAAGAGAUUCUCUACAUUGCAAGUACCAAACUAUGCAUACACCAACUCUUGUUCCUCAAAGAGCAUUCUCAAGAAGCAGCCUUCCUCAAGAACUGGCGCCGACAAACGCAUUCAAUUCCAAGUCACACCAACGGUACACUGUGUGACGCCAAUUGAAAAUCCAGACGAAUACUACGGCAAGCAUAUGAAAAUGUCUCGCGAGGAGCGGCGAUGGACAGUUCGACAGUGA